CCCACUCCAUGGUAAUCGUCUCAUUUACAAAUCACAAUUGCGAGAUCUGCAAAAUGGCUACUCCAGUACCAGCACAUACUAAACAUGGCAGCUCUCCGGAUCUGUACAAGUCUGUGCCCGCUAGGAUAGCUCAAGUCAAUAUAGAGCAACUAGCAAUGAAGUCACUUGACACCAAGCCUGACAAGUUCGUCGAGGCCUUCCUCUCGAAUCGGGUGGAGCCCCUCAAACUCAAGUCUGGUCUCAUUUCCCAACUAAAGAUGCAGACCAUGUUGCUCGAUAAGGCAUACAAAUCACCCAAGAUAGUGGACUCACACAGACCAAUCAAGAGGCUGUCGGCAAGAGAGAAGAGGAGGCUCAAGAUCUAUGACAUUCCAACAAAGAAACAAACGUAUUGCAUAUUUUUGCCGUUGCAUGAGUUGUGGGUCAAGUACAUGGAGGACUUGUUGCAGUUCAGUGGCCAUUCUGAGACAGCCAAAAAAGGAAUGAAACAAGAACAGAUGAAUCAAAAGAUUUUGAAGGCUGAUUAUCACGGAUGCAUUCUCAAAGUUGUGCGGUCCAAGUGCCCCUCGUAUGUUGGAAUUGAAGGAAUUCUUCUUCAGGAAACACAAAACACCUUGAAGCUGAUAAGUAGAGACAACUGCAUAAGAACUAUUCCCAAGGCCAAUUCUGUAUUCUCCUUUUGUGUACACAACUAUGAAUUCAGUCUCUAUGGCAAUCACAUGAAAUUUCGGUCUAGUGAAAGAUCAGCAAGAAAAUUCAAAGACAAACCAACUAUUGACCUCUGACCUCUAGAUACUAAAUCAUGUUUUUGUGAUUAUGAAAAUAAACUAUCAAGAAUAAA